UUACGAAUACGAUUAACGUAUUGCAAUGUAAACGUAGCGCGCUCUUCUCGACUGCCGUGAUUCUCACUGCAUUGGCUUUCUUAAUUUUUUCUUGUUAUGCAUGUGAUAGUUCUGUACUUUGUUUUGCGCUCUACAUUCUUCUCCAUUAUGCCAGAUUUUUGUAACGUCGUAUCUCAUUUUCAGAUAUUAUGCUUAACUAACGAAAUUUUCAUAAUAAGUAGACGACGAGGGAAACAUGGUCGGCUAUAAUCCUGAGCCUAUCAAUGGCAAGGAACUCACGUCGACCGAGUAUAGCGAGGCCGGAUUGGCUAGCGGCAUUGCCACUCGUAUGAUAAUUCAACCGCUUGAUGUGUUGAAAAUCCGAUUCCAAUUGCAAGAGGAACCUAUUCGUGGUAGAAAUUCUGGAAAAUACAAGGGUGUAAUACAAUCAAUACGGUUAAUCUUUCGAGAGGAAGGGUGGCGAUCUUUUUGGAAAGGGCAUGUACCUGCGCAAGGGUUGUCCGCUAUGUACGGAUUAGUUCAAUUUUCCAGCUUUGAAUUCCUCUCGAGACAGGUGGGGCCUCGUUUACCGCCCGGCAGUGCUUCAUUGAGACAUUCGGCUGACUUUGUAUGUGGCGGUUUAUCAGGAUGUCUUGCCAUGACUUCAGCAAUGCCCCUAGAUGUGAUUCGUACAAGACUGGUUGCCCAAGCUGGAAAUUCUGUUUAUAGGGGUACAACACAUGCAAUACUUCACAUAUGGAAAAAAGAGGGCAUUUUGGGAUAUUUUCGCGGGUGGAUACCAAGCAUAGCACAGAUCGCUCCAUUCACGGGGCUUCAGUUUGCUUUAUAUAACUUAUUUGUUGAUUUAUGGCCGAAGUUAGUGAAUCAUCACGAGUCCACUGGACAACUUGUGUCUGGUGCAAUGGCUGGCACUGUUGCCAAAACGGUGCUUUAUCCUCUUGACAUGGUGCGCCAUCGUCUGCAGAUGAACGGCUUUACACGGCAAGGUUUUGGUCAUUCUUCAGACUAUGGCAUCGGCAUGUUGCGAACCAUUGUGCUUGUCGUUCGCAACGAAUCUAUCUACGGACAACUUGUCUCAGUCCAAGCUUUUUGCUUCACAGUAUCAAAGCUUGUAUUUGGUAUCGCUUCCGAUCAUGUCUCACCGCUCAGGAUUAUCUCAUUUGGUCUCGCCGUUAUUGGUCUAUGCACGACAUAUUUUGGUUACGUUUCAUCCUUCUAUCAUGUUCUUUUCGCCCUAGCAUGCGUUGGUGCUCUUCAAGGUGCAUCAUGGGUUCCAGCUACAAAACUGUUGGCAAAGUGGUACACCGAUGGUUCGUAUGGAAAAAUGUUCUCUCUUCUCGGUUGUGGUAGUACCACUGCCGGUCUCGUUUUGCCAUUACUUGCCCAUUUCUACUGGCGUAAAGUGUCGAUCUGUUCUGGCAAGAAUUGCAACUUUGGUAUAUUCUAUCGUUAUCUAUCUUUUCUUACAAGCUGAUGAUGUGACGCUCUCAUCGCCAAACAAAGGAAAAUCUUUGAAUGUAUUGUCUUUCAUUUGGUCUCCAGUCAUAUGGAGCGUAGCUAUGAACUAUCUCUUUACUAUGGAGGUGCGAACAGUGUGUGAGACAUGGAUACCAUUGUACAUCAACGAGAAUGGAAUAAACCUUGCCACGUUCCAAGUGCUGUACGAAGUGGGAGGCAUACUGGGAAACAUCGGUUCUGGUGCUCUGCUUGACUAUCUAUGUCUUCGAAUCUCAAUCGACUCAGCUCGACGUAUCGUAGGAUUGGGAAGCACGACACUGCUUCUUUUAACGGCAGCAUAUAGCAUAAAAUAUCUGGAGUUCGUUGGCAUAGUUGGCUUUCUUCUUGGACUUCUUGUAAAUGCUUCAAUCAAUAUUUGGUGCAUGAUAGCAUCCCAAUUAGGCGACAGCCAUAUAUCUGGAGCUGUUUCGGCUCUUAUUUCUUUCCUCGCCAACUUUGGAUCCGUACUAGCCGGAUCACCUUUGGCAUUUCUCAUCGAGAAGUUCGGAUACUCGUGUUUUGUUCCCUUUUUCUUCACACAUAUAGCGAUCCUGGGAGCGAUAUCUUCAUUAAAAAUCGGAUUUAAUAUGAAGGUGGAAAAGCGGGAGUGAACCAGCAUAGCCUAGCUAUUCAGUCUUUUUUUCAUAGAUUUAAUAGUAUUGCCUGUUUUUGUGUGGGUAUGUACUUUCACGGUGCCAGUUUUUCUGAUGAUUUUGCAUGUUCUGACUUUGACCAUAAACAUUUGACCAUCGAU